AAUGGAUACAAUGCGGAAACACGGAAUUAUUACGGAGUUAUACUGUUACUGUUUGUUACUGUUUGUUACUGAGCGAGGAAACUUGACCAAACCCGAGUUUAAGGUUUCCUGAAGUAUUUGACAUAUCAGGCCUAAAAAUCAUAUCCAUGUGGCCAAAUCAAGGACCUCCCCCUCCACUGGGCCCAUCAAACCCGGCUUACCCUCCUGGGUACAACCCUGCAUAUCCUACUUAUCCUGCAUAUCCUCGACCUUCCCCAGCAUUUUAUCCUCAACCUUCGAAUCCAGCGUACCCACCUGGCCACUACCCAGCAGCGAUGAGCCCAGCUCUGGUUCCACAUGCACCUCCAUGUGUGACGCCUUAUCGAGCUCCACAACCUCAUCCUUAUCCUAUGGCUCCAGGUGGAUACCCAGUUGUCCCCCCUGCAGGUGUUCACCCAUUUGGAUACCCACACUCACGUCACCCUGGUCCGUAUCAGCACUAUCCAAAGUAUGGUCACCACAAAGGUCACCACAAAGGUUACUAUCAUGGAGGGAUGAAUCCCAUGCCUGGAGGGUUAACUGGAGGAUUGACAGCAAUGGUAAUGGGAGUGGCUUCACACAAAGCUAACAAAAAGAUGAGGAAGAAGAUGAAGAAGGCACAUAAGUGGAACAAGCAUGGGCUCCACUACUGCAAGUCCUCCAGCAGCAGCAGCAGCAGCGACUCAGACUGAGACCAAACACGUGCAAGGAAAUUCGGAAAUGUUUUAUUCUACUAUUUUGUGGUGUUUACAUCAAACAGUCUGUCUGAAGUCAUUGUCUGUCAGAAGUGAAACGCACAGCAAUAGUCACGUGUGUGUAGAGGAUGUAUCAAGAGGACGAGGUGAUCCUUUUUCUUCUCCUUUUGAAUUAUCAUAGCUGAAAAACUAGUGUAACCAGUGGAUUUAUUACUGUUACUUAAGCACUUUACACUUUACUCUCACUAAGGUUUUUAUUGAAUUACAAUUCAAUUUUAUUUGUAUAGUGCCAAGGUUCACUGUUUUUGUCUAAUUAAUCAGAGAUUAUGCAAAAAUAAAAGCUUCAGUUCUGAAAACUGA